CGCGCAUGUGCAGGUGGCGCCAGGCCGCGACUUGGGCUCAGUCUCCAGCAUCUCCUGCAGGCUCCUACGCUCUCCUGCCCAGGGUCUCUCUCACCCUCUCUCUCUUUCCCUGCCUUGUCUCUCUCUUCCCGUCACCACCAGCGUCUGGUCCAGCAGUAAAUAAAUAUUCAAUAUGAAGUACAUUCUGGUGACUGGAGGAGUGAUAUCUGGCAUUGGAAAGGGUGUAAUUGCUUCCAGCAUUGGCACUAUCCUAAAGCACUGUGGCCUGAGGGUGACGUCUAUUAAAAUUGACCCAUAUAUUAACAUUGAUGCUGGUACCUUCUCUCCAUAUGAGCAUGGUGAAGUUUUUGUACUUGAUGAUGGAGGAGAAGUGGACCUUGAUCUUGGCAAUUACGAAAGAUUUCUAGAUGUCACAUUACACCGGGAUAACAACAUUACUACUGGCAAGAUUUAUCAAUCUGUUAUCAACAAGGAGCGACGUGGAGAUUAUCUAGGGAAGACUGUGCAGGUUGUGCCCCACAUCACUGAUGCAAUCCAGGAAUGGGUGGAGGCAGUGGCCCAGCGACCUGUUGAUGGUGAUUUGGCAGACCCACAAGUAUGCAUUAUUGAGUUAGGUGGUACCAUUGGAGACAUUGAAGGGAUGCCCUUCGUAGAAGCCUUUAGGCAGUUCCAGUUCAGAGUAAAGAGAGAAAAUAUAUGUGUUGUCCACGUGUCUCUAGUACCGCAGCCCAAAUCCACAGGCGAGCAUAAGACUAAACCCACCCAAGCCAGUGUGCGGGAACUACGAGGCUUGGGACUAUCACCAGACUUCAUUGUGUGUCGGUCAGAAAAGCCCAUUGACCAGGCUGUAAAACGCAAGAUUUCAAAUUUCUGCCAUGUUUCACCAGAACAGGUUAUUUGUCUGCAUGAUGCACAGAGCAUCUAUGAGGUUCCACUAAUGCUUGAGGAACAACGUGUGUCGCAUCUUUUAAGUGAUCAUCUAAGCUUAAACCUUGACAGUUAUCGACCAAGGAAUUUCAUGAAAAAAUGGCGGGAUUUGUCUACCAAGCAAGAUCACCUCCGCAACACUGUCACCAUUGCACUUGUUGGCAAGUACACUCAACUUGAAGACUCGUAUGCAUCAGUAAUCAAAGCCUUGCAACAUGCUGCCCUGGCAUGCAAUCGAAAACUGGACUUGAAGUGCAUGGAAGCAGAGGAUUUGGAAGAGUCGGCGAAGGAUGAUCGCGCUGUCAAGUAUUAUGAAGCUUGGCAGAAUGUCUGCAAAUGCCAUGGGAUUAUUGUCCCUGGAGGCUUUGGCCAGCGAGGAGUCGAGGGAAUGGUAGCAGUCUGUAAAUGGGCAAGGACAAAAAAGAAGCCUGUGCUUGGAGUGUGUCUUGGUCUGCAGGCUGCUGUUAUUGAGUUUGCAAGGAAUGUGUUGGGGUGGACAGAUGCCAACAGUCAGGAGAUAUUCCCAGAAGGUAAUCGGCAUGUGAUUAUUGAGAUGCCCGAACACAAUCCUGGGCAACUUGGCGGUACCAUGCGAUUAGGGAAGAGACAGACCCUAUUCAAAACCCAUGAAUCCAAGCUUCGGCAACUGUAUGGCAAUGUAGAUUAUGUUGAGGAACGUCACCGACACAGGUAUGAGGUAAAUCCCAAGAUGAUUAGCGACUUCGAGUCUGCAGGAAUGAAAUUUGUUGGUCAGGAUGUGGAGGGGGAACGGAUGGAGGUCAUGGAACUUGAUGACCACCCGUAUUAUGUGGCCUGUCAGUACCAUCCAGAAUACCUUACCCGACCCCUGAAGCCUUCACCACCAUACCUUGGGUUAAUCCUGGCUGCUUGUGGCAAGUUGGAACAGUAUCUCGCACGGGGCUGCCGCAUGUCGCCCACCGAUUCUCCAGAAUCGUCUGACGAGGAGCUACCAAUGCCACCUCAUCUUCUAGUCAGUCAGACUGACAAGCCCAGCAUGUCUCCGGCACGGCACACCCCACCACCACCUUCCUCCUCCCCAAACUCUUCUUCCAAUUUGUCCGAGUCUCCUUUGUCCUCGUCCUCCACGCCUACCAAGAAGGAUACGGUAGAUAAUAAGCCUCAGACAUCUAGCAAAAAAGAAUAAAAUAGGUUGGUAACUAGGAAGCAAUAUUAGUUAAGUUCAUUCAGUAUAAACUAGAUAAGCUGGAGGGUCCGAAUGUGCAAUGUGACGGUUUUCUUUUUACCUGCUAUGGGAGCGUCAAUAAGAUAGUUUAUUAAUUGUGAGGCAUUCAGUAUUAUAGCUAUACAGUAUAUUAUAUAUUUUGUCCUAGUUGAAAUAUAUGUAUGGAGGUAGGUGAGAAAAUAAGACUAAAUGUACUUGUAUUAUUUGAAGGUGGGUUGCAAAAGCAAACACCUUUUGGGUUUGGACCUUUAGAUCAUAUUUCAUCUUUCCAUUGGCUCAGUUUGUGUGCAGGAGAGUACAGCUGUUUCUGUGGUAAAUGGCACAUUCCACAAAGAGGACAUGAUGGACCAAGAAUUUGUUUCUUAACGUUCCCACUCGUUGGAGAAUUUUCACACUGCUUUUCUGAGGCAUUGCACAGCAGUUGAUCAAAGCUAGAAAUUAAUGUGUUGAACUGCAUGGAACAAAUUCAUGGUAUGCCAGGCCUGCAUCAUGCGAUGAACCAUGGAAAGGGGGCUUCACUAGCCUGCCUAUUACACUACACUGGAAUAUGAUGAUGUAUCACCCUUUAGGAAAUAGUCCUGCAACAUUGGGUAUGUUAGUGUUAUAAAAUGGAUUGUAUUUGUAGAUUUGAUAACUUGUAUAAUAUACAUUUCCAUCUUAUUUAUCACAACUUGUAGCAUGCUUACUGCUGCUGGAAAUUUAAAUGGAUUAAAUUUUAAGUUAGAGUUCAUUUGGUUCUAUUGAUUAAUUUCAUGUUAUGAAUUAUCCUCGUCACUUAUUUCAGUGUUGCUACUGAGUACAAUUUUUUUUAUUGUAAAUAGUCUACAAAUGAUUUUACCCAUUUAUUUAAUUAGAUACCACAUGAAUGGCAUUUCAUUUAAAUAAUUUAAAAUGACAGUUAAUAUUUGUAGAUCAUAUAAUUAAUUACCGUUUCUCAAAUUCUAUUAGUAUUCAGAGUUUUGCACCGUUUUGCUUGAAUACUUUUUCACAUCCACUGUUUUUUCUCUUCUCGUUUUAUUUGUAUUUUUUUUUAUAUAGAGUAAUAUUUUUUGUACCGAAUCUGUAAAUAGUUUUCAGUUAUUUUAGCAGAACUUGUUCUUAGUGUUAUAAUCUUACAUUUAUGGAUGAAGUCUCGUUGUACCCAGGAGUUUGUACAAAUCUCAUAGAAAACAUAAGAAAAAAAAACAUUUCACAGUUGCCAAUUUCACAUUUGUGACUCAAUUAGAUUUAGACAUGUAGUCCAGGAUAAAUGGGUAAAUAUGUCAGGAUCUCAUUAUGUGGGAGUGAUAUCUCUUGCCGUCUACCUAAGUAAAAACAAGUUUGCCCUGACCGAUAAUACUACACUGUUACAGAAUGUGUAAACAUUGUGUACUUUGUAUACAAAUACCAUUUAGGUACCGAUCGAAGUAUUGGUCCACAUUAGAAGGUAGAAUAAUGUCUAGGGGUUUGGACAAAUUGGUUGUUUUGGUGGGCUUUAAAGCUUCUACAGUGAGUUAAGCAGAGAGGCUAAACUUCCUUAGCCUCUCAGCUUAGCCACUCCUGCCACACCUGCUGAAGGGCAGGUGUGAUUGUUUAUAUGUGACACUGUGUUGUAUUGUUAAUGAUGUGAUGAAUGGGUGAGGGUAUUUUUAAUGUUUUUUUAUGUUUAGUAUCUAUAACACUUGACUAUAAAUGACUUACUUUUUCUUCUCUGGGUUGAUGCCUCCCCACCUCAUGAAGGCUGGAAAUAGGGAAAGGAUUGUGUAUGUAAUACUAUGGCAACUUUCUUUAGUGCCUUGGUCACUAAUCACUAUACAUUAAGUAAUGUUCACUUGUAUAUGAAAGUACUUUGCUUUCUCCAUGAGCAGAAAUCUUAGCAUUUUUUGUUCCCUUGCAUACCACCUCUUCUUGUACCACUUGUUCAUCAUCAACAUUCUUUACUCUAUUUCUGUGCAGGAUUGCCUUAUCACAUUUUAUGUUAGCGUAAUAAGCAAAAUCGUAUAGCCAUAUAGCCUAAGUAUAGCCUUCAAAAUACACAAAACUAGAAAGUAGCUAUGCACAAACUUUAUAGGGACAUCACUGUACUAUUCUAUUAGUAUUCUUAAUGUCUCUUAAUGUCUUAAUGCCUCUUUAAUUGUUAAUGUCUUUUUAAUUUGUCAUAAAAUGUUUCCUUUUGCUGCUAAGAGAAACGGUUAUCAAAAAAUGUAUUCUGUUUUGAGUGCCACAGUGACUCCCAGGGAAAUGGGCAGUGAAGCAUAGCCUCUCACAACUAGAGGUGGUGGAGGCAUGUCGCCAAACAAACCGAAUAUCACAUCUGUUUAGAAAGUUGGCAGAUUUUGGGUCGGUGACUACAUAACUGAAAAUGUUAGUUAUAGUAUGAAAUAAUUGGUUUGCUUAUUUUGCUUUAUACCGUUCCAUGUGACAUUGUAUGUUUCUGUGACUAAUUGUGCAAAUACUUUGGUGAUAUAGUUAGACACCCCACCAACUCGUCUGAAAAUAAAGGGUGUGACGAACGUAUUGGUAUGUCGCAUAAAUUUUGGGUGUACAAUUUUUAGCUAUGUUAUGAAUCGGUCUCCAUUUAUCAGAUGUAAUUUUAAUAUAUUUAAUUGUAAACCUGAGGCAUUAGAUUACUUUUUUCUAUUUGACAACUAUAUAAAGUAAUAGAAGCAAGUUCUUGAAAAAAUGCCUACAAAAUCAUUUAAAUGUGUUUCACUCAAAAAUAAAAGUGGCAUAAAAUACAAGAUUUUAAAUUGUAUCAAUGCAAACCAAAAUAAGCUGGUAAAGCAAUUGUAAAAUGUUAAACAAUUUUGUGAAGGUGUCAAUGGUAGAGUGCAAAAUCUAUGCCACUUCAGCCAUUUCGUAAAACAGUAGAUUAAUAUUUGUUUGUGGUAUACCAGUAGCACUAAAAGCUUAGACAUAAAAAAAAUAUAGUAUUUAAUAAAUUACACAAAUUGUAUAACACUGGGUAACGAGCUACAUUCCUUCUUACUGCAUCUUGUUCGUGACAUUCUGUACACUUUAGAGAAACAUAAAAUGCUAGAGUGCAUGUUAAGUCGGCCAAGAAUGUAAUGUAUGAAUUUUGUUGUUGUUACCAGAAUAGCAGUUAUAACUUAUUUAUAUGACUGGUUGUUAUCAGAAUAGAUGUACAGUACAGUAUGUAUUUGUUUCAAUUAUUUCAACAUGGCAAGUUCAGCCAUCAAUAUCUCUUAUGCUGCAUCAGUAUUUAUGGAUAAGUUUAUAUAGUGUACAGCUAAUGUAUUAUUCCAUGUUGUAUCCGAGAGGGACGAUGUACUACACCUUAACUUUUUUCUGUUGCAUGUAUGAGUGAUCCUAUUAUUUUUGCCCAAUAUUUAAGAAUGAUAGCCUUACAUAUUAUUGUAAGUAUGAUCUUCCCAACUCUGGUAGUCUUUAGGCUCUCUACAUGAAUGGAUAUUUGGCUUAUAUAUUCUUACAAGUGAUAUGUACAUCUAUAGGGGUGAUUGCAUUCUGUGUACUAAGGUUUAAUGUGACAUUGAUUUUUUUUUUUAUGUAGAUGACUAAUAAAUUGAUAAUCUGUA